AUGUCUUAUAGAGAUGGUUAUGGCCAUCAUGGUUAUCAAAAUUCAUAUUCACGAGGUGGUUAUAAACCUUAUAGAUCUGAUCGACCACAUACCAGCUACAAGGGUCUGAAUUACAAUCAAUCUUAUUAUAACAACCAUAAUAAUUACAAAUACUACGACAACAAUCAUUACAAAAAUCAUUCAGGUAAAAGUACUCCAAUUUCAGUAUCUAGUGAUACUCAAUUUGAAUUCCCAACUCAAGGUACUGAUAUGAGAACCGGAGUCAAUGAAAAAGAUUUAGAUUUCACAAAAUUAGCUCAUCAUAUCGAUUUUACAAAACAAAUACAAAUUUCAGAAAAUAAUAAAACAUAUAAAGUACUAUAUGAUCCGGAAUUAGAUUCAAAAUUAAGUAAACAAGAAAAGAAAACCAAACAUAAGAAAAUACGGUUUAAUGGUGACGGUAUAACACAAGUUACUGAUCCCCGAAUAUCAAAUCUAAAUCAAUAUUUACUGAAACCUAAUAAAAAUUCUACUAAAUUUCCUUUCAAACAACUACCUAGACCAAAAUUCAUUUUUGAUGACGAUUCUUUAGGUGAGGCACCUUUAAUAAAUUUAGUCAUAUGGGAGUUACCUUCAAGUACGAAUGAAACAUAUUUACUGAAUUUUUUAAACAGUUUUGAAGUAUCAAAAGUUGAAAAAAUUAAACUAAUAAAUGAUCCAGAAUUUGGGUUUCCUUUAGGUAUUGCCACGUUCAAAUUUCAAGGAAGUAUAGAAAAAUCCAAUACAUUUGCACAAAAUUUUAUAAAAUUGGUGAAUUCUGAUUCAAUACAAAUUGAUGGUAAACCAUUAAAGAUUGGAUUAAAUGAUAAUAAUGAUAAAUUUUUAAACUCUAAAAUUGAUGCAGCAAGAGGCAAAGUUAUAAAUGUACAAAAAAAGAAAGAAGAAGAAGAAAAGAGAAGGCUAAAAUUAAUCGAAGAGCAAAAGAAAGAAGAAGAGGAACUUAACAAAAAGAAGAAAUUAGAGGAAGAGAAAAAGAGAAAGGAGAUAGAAGCAACCCAAAAACAAUCAACAGAACCACCAGAAUCCAAAUUCAAACCUAAUACAACAACACUAUCAUCUCGUCAUAAAAAUAAAGUAGUUCAAGGAGUAAAUCUACCGAAAGAUCUUUCCAAAUAUAUCAAAAACCGACCUUAUAUUUUAAUCCAAGACAAAUAUGUACCAACAAAUAAAACUCCAUCUCAAGAUAUCAAAAGAAUACUAAAGAAAUAUGACUGGACUCGAGUUUUAUCAGAUAAAUCGGGAUUUUAUGUAGUUUUUAAUUCAGUGGUUGAAUGUGAAAGAUGUUUUUUAAAAGAAGAUGGCAGGAAUUUUUUUGAAUAUAAGAUGGUGAUGGAAAUGGCUAUCCCAGAAGGUUUUCAAAAUGUUGAAAAAGAUAAUGAUAUAAGAAGUGGAGUGGUUGAUGAAGCUACAAAUAUUUUAAUUAAAGAGUUUGAAGCUUUUCUUGUUAAGGAUAUAAGAGAAAGAAUUAUUGCACCUCAUAUUUUAAGCCUUUUGGAGCAUACAAGAUAUCCUAAGUUGAUUGAAGAAUUAAAAGCAAAAGAAAAGGAAAAAGAAGAAGCUGCCAAAUUGAAAAAUAUAUCAUCAAAUGUCCAUUUAAAACAAAAUGCAAUGUCUAUUUUGGAAAAACAAAGAUUAGAAUUACAAAACAAAAUACCAUACUUCAAAAAAGCUAAUGAAAAACAACAUAGAAGAAGACCAAUUAUACCCAUGCUGCAUGCCUUAAAUUUUGAUGAUGAUGAUGACGAUGAAGAUAAUGCUGAAAAAGAUGAGGAUGAAGAAGACGAAGAUGAUUAUGAAUCCACGAGUAGGUCAGCAACUCCAAUACCUCAACCAUUAAAACGUAUACGUAGCUCAACAGAAACAAGUGUUGACGAAGAAAUAGAAGGUGAACCAUUUAGAAAAAAAUCUACGACAAUUGCAUCAACUAGCGUUUAUGAAGAAGAAGAUGAAAUGGAGGUUGAUGAUGAGCCUACAUUACACAAGGAAGAACUUGAAUCACCUAUACCACUGGAAGUUGAAUAUGACAUCGAUCUGAUUUAUAGACCUACAGAAGAUGGUCCAUCUACAGUAUACCCAGAAUCAUCCUUAAACAAUAUAUUAGAUUUAGAAUCAUUACAAGAUCAUAUUAAAGAUGAUGAAGAUUUGUUGCUAGCUAGAGAAAUUUUAUCAGAUGUCAAAGAACCAAACAUCCCAAAUAUUGAAUAUUGGGCAUGGAAACAAAUAAAUAAUAAAGAAGCCGCAGAAGAAAUAAUUGAUGGUGAAGAUUUAAUAGAAGAAUUACCAUCAAGAUUAGAAUCUAAAGGUUGCUUCAAAUCAGAUGGUUACAAAAAGAUAUCAGAUAUUGAUAAAAUUGAAUAUUUACCACAUCGUAAAAAAGCUCAUAAACCGAUUAAAACGGUUCAAUAUGAAGACGAUGAAGAUGAAAAACCAAUGGAAAAUAUACAAAGCUCUCGUGUUAAUAGAGCUAAUAAUAGAAGAUUUGCUGCUGAUAUAACUGCACAAAUUGGAUCAGAAUCAGAUGUAUUAAGUUUAAAUGCUUUAACAAAACGUAAAAAACCAGUUACAUUUGCAAGAUCAGCAAUUCAUAAUUGGGGACUUUAUGCAAUGGAACCAAUAGCUGCAAAAGAAAUGAUUAUUGAGUAUGUUGGAGAAAGAAUUAGACAACAAGUUGCUGAACAUAGAGAAAAAAGUUAUUUACGUACAGGUAUUGGAUCAUCGUAUUUAUUCAGAAUUGAUGAAAAUACAGUUAUUGAUGCAACUAAAAAAGGUGGUAUUGCAAGAUUUAUAAAUCAUUGUUGUAGUCCAAGCUGUACUGCUAAGAUCAUUAAAGUUGAAGGUAAAAAAAGAAUUGUUAUUUAUGCAUUAAGAGAUAUUGAAGCUAAUGAAGAGUUAACUUAUGAUUACAAAUUUGAAAGAGAAACCAAUGAUGAUGAAAGAAUUAGAUGUUUAUGUGGUGCUCCAGGUUGUAAAGGUUAUUUGAACUAG